GAACAGCCCCUCUGAGCAGGGCCGAGACCUGCGGGCACAGGAGCUGCUGUCCUUCCACGAUGUGGGUCUUCGCUCUGGUCUUGUCCUCCCUCACCACUUUCACGGCUUUGGCAGGGCAACCACCCUCACCACCUGUUGUGGACACCGCGCAGGGCAGAGUCCUGGGGAAAUACGUCAGCUUAGAAGGUUUUGCACAGCCUGUGGCUGUUUUCCUGGGAGUCCCUUUUGCCAGGCCCCCUCUUGGAUCCUUGAGGUUUGCUCCGCCGCAGCCUGCAGAACCAUGGAUCUUCGUGAAGAAUACCACCUCUUACCCUCCCAUGUGCUCCCAAGACCCAGUGGCGGGGCAAGUGAUCUCAGAGCUCUUUACCAACAGAAAGGAGAACAUUAAUCUCAGGUUUUCCGAAGACUGUCUUUACCUAAAUAUUUACACUCCUGCUGACUUGAGGAAGAGAAGCAGGCUGCCGGUGAUGGUGUGGAUCCACGGAGGAGGUCUGAUGUUGGGCGGGGCAUCAACCUAUGAUGGGCUGGCCCUCUCUGCCCAUGAAAACGUGGUGGUGGUGACCGUUCAGUACCGCCUGGGCAUCUGGGGAUUCUUCAGCACAGGGGAUGAACACAGCCGGGGGAACUGGGGUCACUUGGACCAGUUGGCUGCACUGCACUGGGUCCAGGAGAACAUUGCCAACUUCGGAGGGGAUCCAGGCUCUGUGACCAUCUUUGGAGAGUCAGCAGGAGGGGAAAGUGUCUCUAUUCUUGUGUUAUCUCCCCUGGCCAAGAAUCUCUUCCACCGGGCCAUCUCUGAGAGUGGUGUGGCCCUCACUUCUAUCCUGGUCAAGAAGGACAUGAAGGCUGCAGCUAAGAAAAUUGCUGUCUUUGCUGGGUGCAAAAGCACCACCUCAGCUGUCCUUGUUCACUGCCUGCGCCAGAAGACAGAGGACGAGCUCUUGGAGAUAACGCUGAAGAUGAAAUUUUUCGCUCUUGAUUUACACGGAGACCCCAGAGAGAGCUUUCCUUUCCUGCCCACCGUGCUUGACGGAGUGCUGCUGCCAAAGACGCCCGAAGAGAUUCUGGCUGAAAAGAAUUUCCACCCUGUUCCCUACGUCGUGGGAAUCAACAAGCAGGAGUGUGGCUGGAUUCUGCCGAUGUUCAUGGGCUACUCAUUCUCUGAAGGCAAGCUGGACCAGAAGACGGCCACAUCCCUCGUGUGGAAGUCCUACCCCAUCCUUAGCAUCCCUGAGGAACUGGCCAUGGUGGCGGCUGACAAGUAUUUAGGAGGGACGGACGACCCUGCCAGAAGGAAAGACCUGUUCCUGGACCUGCUUGCAGAUGGGAUGUUCGGUGUCCCAUCUGUGAAUGUGGCCCGUCGCCACAGAGAUGCCGGAGCCCCCACUUACAUGUAUGAGUUCCAGUAUCGCCCAAGCUUCUCAUCAGCCAUGAAACCCAAGACGGUGAUGGGGGACCAUGGGGAUGAGCUCUUCUCAGUCUUCGGGGCUCCAUUUUUGAAAGAUGGUGCCUCAGAAGAGGAGACCAAUCUCAGCAAGAUGGUGAUGAAAUUUUGGGCCAACUUUGCUCGGAACGGGUCUACAAUUCUUUCUUCAACUUACACAGUAUCCUCCCAGGCCCCUCCCUGAGGCCGUCUCUUCCAGCAAUUCUUCUGAACACUUUCUGCAGCCUGGACCACAUCAGGUACAAGCAGUGACCACCUUGAAGUGAGUCCCUGAAGUGUCACGUGAAAACUGACUCUUUCAGAAUCCCUGGGGUGACUUCUGGCUCCUGGGAUAUAGAAAGCUCUAAGGAAUGCCACUCCCACCUUAACAGAAAGAAAAAAGUGGAUUAUCCUCAAAAUCAUGACUUUCUCUGACUCAUUCAAAGAGGUUGCAAGGCAAACAAUUACCCUGAAAUCUCGGGGAAGACAGGCAUUUUGAAGGAGAGAUGGGAAGUGAACACUGGCUUACCGUCUGGAGACAGGUGGAAGAUGGAGUCACCAUAUGUGUGAGUACAAUUACUCUUAAAAUUCGAAUCAAGGGCUAAAGGCCAAACAUAGGUGAGUAUAAGAGUAUGAAAUCCUAAAAACCACACACCCACAGGGAAUUUACACUUGUUACAGGCCCUUCUCCAUGGACCUCUAUCAGGGACCCGUGAGAAAUACUGGGAACAGGUAGUAAGACGAGAGAAAACCUGCCUCAAGGGUGCAGGCUCCAAGCUCUGCUCAGAUACUUCUCCAUGAAAAAAUAAAAUCCCCAAAC